UAGUGUUCAUUAGUUUUGAUUUAUAAAAAUUGAUACUAUCUAUUUAAACUUUUAUAUUGUUAAAUAUGAAUUUUCUAAACUGUUUUGUAUUAAUAGUUAUUUUAAUUCAAUCACUACUGUCAAAUUUUGUAUUAACCAUAUUAGACCGAUGUCAAAAAAUUCAACAACUUAAUGAAUUACUUGUGAAUGUGGACAUAUGGAAAAAAUUCGAAAAUAUAAAAGUUAGAAGUGGAGAUAAAAAAUUACGAGUUUAUACAAUCUUUGAUAUUAACGACAAUAUAAAUAUACAUCAUAAUAAUACACAGCUACUUUCGUCAACAAAUUUGCACGUUAAUCCAAGCAAUUAUGAAAAAAAGUGAUGAUGAAAUAAAAACACAAGAUAGAACAAUGACCUUACAAACAAAGGAUUUGCUUAAAAGAAAAAUCUAUGAAUAUAAAGAAUUAGCAUGUAGACUUCAGUUGUAUGUAAUGUUUUUUAAAAGUUUAUUCCCUUAUGGUAAAGAUAAUGUAAGUUCUACUGACGCACUUUUUUCAAAACUAGUGUCCAUAGUAAAUAUGCCAAUACCUAAAGAUGAUGAUUUUUUUGCAAGUAAUUUGAAAAAAACAUUAGAUAAAUCAUUUAAGGAUUUGCGUUAUUCUUCAAAAAAUUCAUGUUCUUAUGAUAACAUUAUUGAUAACUUGUAUACAUGUACAAAAAAAUACUUUGAUUAUAAAAGAGCUAAUACAGAUUUUAAGGUAAGCUUUGCAGAAUAUAUGAGUUAUUACUUUGACUCUUAUGUAAAAGAUACUUGUGAUUUUUUUACACUGUUGACAUUAAAUAAAGUAACUAUUGAUACACAAUAUUCAAUUAUCAAUUUUUAAUGUUUAUAAAACAUAUAUGAAACUUAAAAAUGCCAAAUCAAGUUUUUAUAAUAGUUGUUUUUUUAAGAAAAAUCGAAUGAUUUAUAUUAAUAAAGUACACUGUAAAUUCAACACUUAAAUUUGUAUAAUUAUAUUAUAUUCUUAUUUGUUAGAAAAAUAUAAUUAUUUUAUUAUUAUUAGUUAUAUAAAAAAUUGUUUGGAAAUAUUUUUGAUUAUGUAUAUUAACCAAAUACUGACAGAUUUCUUGAAAAGU